CUGAUUCUUUUUAUCUUAAUUUCCUCUUGACUGAUCAGAAUGACUUAGAUGCUAUAACGUGGCCAAGUUCUGCCUCAUAGCUAGCAAAAUUUGUUUAGAGUUUCAUAAGAACUGAACACUUUAGCACCUGUAUGUAUGUUGCGUCCACUUGUUGGAUAUGCUGAUGCCAUACAUAGUAUAGAAUACAAUAUGGAAUGAGAUUUAACACCGUUCUGUAUGAGACACACAAUUUGGCUGUCUUGCCCCCUUUAUACUCAGUAUCAUUCUGAUACCAGUGUUGAUUAACUUUUACAUAUAGUUUUAUGUUCAUAGUCUUAACUUUUAGCUUCUUCUAUUCACUAUACUAUGUUUUUAGGUGAUUUUAUAGAGAUCUCUUAUUUAUUUUAUUAUUUAUUCGUUCAUUCGUUCAAUUUUUAUACCGUACCACCCUUCCAAAAAGGGCAGUAUACAUUAAAACAAAAACAUUAAAAUCAAUUAACAAUUAAAAUAGAGAUUAUAAAACAGUGUAGAACAACGUUAACAAUUAAAACAUCAUAAAACAGCAGUUAAAACAAUCAGAAUGAUUUUAAAACCCUGAAAACCAGGUUACAACAUUAAAACCCAUUAAAACAAUAUUAAUUAAAAGCCUGGGUAAACAGGUGCAUCUUUAAAGACUUUUUAAAAGCUGUCGGAGAUGGGGAGGCUCUUAUUACACUAGGGAGCGUAUGCCAAAGCCUUGGGGCAGCAGUGGAGAAAGCCCAUCCCUGAGUAGCCACCAGACAAGCCGGUGGCAAAUGCAGAUGGACCUCUCCUGAUAAUCUCAAUGGGUGGCGGGGUUCAUAACGAAGAAGAUGUACUCUUAAAUACCCAGGGCCCAAGCUGUUUAAGGCUUUAUAGAUUAUAACCAGCACCUUGUAUUUUGCCCAGAAACAUAUUGGCAGCCAGUGUAACUCCUUCAGUAAGGGAAGGAGUAGUUACUUAGUAGGACUCGAUUGUCUUAACUGUUUUUUGUUCAUUUUGCUGUUAUGCUUAUCAAAGACCGAAAUAAAGACUAUGCCUAAUAUUCAGGAAAGACAGAUGAAUAAACAUCUUAAUUAGGGGGAAAUAAGCACAAUAGUUCUCACAGAGUUUACCACAAUAAUAAAAUAUAAAAUAAAUGAGGGGAAAUUAAGUAUAAUCACAUCCAAAGUGAAAUACUGCCAACAUGUAACAGUGUAGCUUUUAAAAAUUACAAUUGCUGCAUCAACCAGCAUCUCCCAGCCUUUUGUGUCCCUGGCUGUGUUAAAUGAGGUUUUGUAUUUCAUUGUAGGUUUUGGCAAGGGUUCAUGUGUUUGGCCUUAAGUCAACACCAGUUCCAGUUGAACAGUUCUUUUUAUUAAGUCUGCAUUCAGAGGUUCAGGACACACUGGAUGUAUUUGAAGCAAAGUGAUAUUUCACUUGAUUGAAAUCAGCAGCUCUGCACAGGUACUGAAGGGAAUCCAAUCAAUGCAAGGAAGCCAUUGCCUUGUUUGUGACUAUUUCAGAUGUUACCAACAUAUUUUGCUUUUUGGCAAACAUAAUGAAGGAAAUGCCUUGCUUCUGCCUGAUUUUGUCUUUCUUAUGGGAACAAAUAGUGAAGGCUUAUAAAUAUACAAGUGGUAUUUUCUUAGUGACUCAUCCAUCAAAGCAACAAACCUCAGACUGUUCUGGGCAGCCAACCAAGAUGGACGUAAGCGUACUUGAAGAGCAAUACGGCUACCUGAAGAAGAAGCAGAAGCUGCAGACACACAUUAUUGUAUUUAAAACAGGUGAGAAUGGAACAGUUCCCGGGGAAUCCAUGGUCAAUGCUGUUUUAAUUAACAAGAAAACUAGGAAAGCAAAAGCAUUUAAAGAACACAUUCCCAUUAGAGAGGUCCACCUUGAAUUGCCCUGCAGUUGCAAUGUAGAAGAAAGUUCACCAUGGCGUAUACAUCUGGGAAUCCACCGUCUUGAACAAGGAGAGCAUCAGAAAUCACCUUGUAAUGUUAUCCAAAAGAAGACUGAAGAGACUAGCACAGACAGCAAAAUACUGUCUCAGGAAGAGAGUAUGAUGUCAUGUAAGGAAUUAGUAACAGGAACAGAACAGUCCAUCCACUUACUGAGUGAACAGGAAAAAUCAAGCCCUGCUGAGGUGACAGACAGUUCCAGUUCUGCUUUGACAUCAGUUACAUCACCAGUCUGGACACACUCACAAAUUUCAGCCUCAAAAUUUGCACCAUCAUCCAGUAAACUACCCUAUUAUCCUUUCCCUCAAAAAAAAACUCCCAGGAUUUCUGAAGCUGCAAGAAGACUUGGAUUAUAUGUUUCACAAUGAGAACAGUAAGGAACAAAGCUAAGAGUCCAUUCUAUGCUAGCCAUGUUCCUCUAUACAUGAGCAAUUACAUACGCCAGCCACAUAUGUGGCCAUAACUGUAUGUGAACAAAGUGGAACUUUUCCAGCUACCCAGAUCCCAAGAGUUGCUGUGGCUGAAUCAGUGUACAAUUCAGGUCAUGCUGUUUCUCCAUGUGGGCUUCUGUGUGACCAAAGAGAGGCCAUAGAUGCUCAUGUGAAAGGCAAAACCAUUUCAAGCUACAGUACUUUGCUUCUUCAAGCACAUUUUUUUAAUUUGCUCUCCCCAUACUCUGCCUAUUGUAUACCCCUACUUCCUCAGGGGUGUUCCCAAGCCAGCCCAUUUUCCCAUUCUGAAGGGAACAGACUGCACUCCACUUGUAUGGAAAGAGGAAAAGGGGAGUUGAAAACAGGAAAAUAGGAAGGCACAAUCACCCGCACACGUUAGUCCAUACGUUGUGGGGAUUGUGUUCCCCAGAUUAUUUUCCUUACUAGCUUUGAGCCUCUGGAAUCCUGCCACCCCAGACAGUUUUCUUCUCUAUUGCCUAUUGGGUUCAGCUGACCCUGGAAUAGGAGAAACUGUGAAAUAGUUCUAACAGCAAAUAAUUUUGAUUCGCUUGCUAAGAAGUGAUUGCUUAAAAUUUGUUUGGACUUACCUGUGUCCAGACCAACAUUUAAAAAAAAUCUGGAGGUUCAUUGUGCAGAAAAUGAUAUGGCUAUGCAAAAUUCAUAACUUCACAACUAUCAACAACACAAAGGAAAGAUUAUGAAGAUUUAUUUAUUUGCCAAGCUGUUUUAGAAAACAGAAUGGUGGAUUAGAUGCACCUUUGAUGUGAUCCAGCUGGGUAAUUCUUGUUCCUAAAUCUGGAAUCCCUGGACCAACAAACCCCAAGUGCUCCUGUACAUACCCUUUAUGUCCUUUCAGGUACAGAUGUAUCUACUUUUUAGGAACCAGAAUUAAAUUGCUGUUAUACCUUGAAGCAGUAAAAAUGCCUAUCACAAGGAUCUGCAUUUCCAAAAAUGAUUGAUGAAGUGGUAUAAUUGAGCUGAGCUGAUUUAAUCCGCUAAUUGAACCAGUAAUAUGUGAUGCCAAUUUUAGAACAAUAUUAACAUGAUUGACAAGGAUAAGUCUGGCAAUACUUUUAUUGAAACAAAUGGUGUGUAUUUUCCCUAUGUACUUUCUGAAAUCAGUGAAUGAAUCUUUCAGGUGGCACUCCUUAAACUGUCAUUCCCAUGAUUAAGUUAAAUAUCAAAAUACAUUCUCUACCUACAUUUUCCAUUUCAGUCACCUUCAAGUCAAAGAGUACAUCUGCUUUUUUUCAUCAUUAAAUUAAUGAGCAAAUAGCAUGAUUCUUCAUUUCAUGGAAAUGUUGCUUUAAAAAAAAAUCAAAUUAAAUUAGGAGGACUGUUACCUUGCAUCCAGAUCAGCUGUUUUCCUUUUUUGCAUGAUCUUGCUUCUUAGAUUUUUUUGAAAGCUUUUACUUACAUUUUUCCAUAUAUAAGUUAAUGCCUGAAGUAGGGGCACAUGAAAGAUCAUAAUGGCUGCUACUGUGACUUUAAAAAACAUUUAUAGUCAUGAAAGUUGCCACAUUUUCUAUGUGUCACUUCAGACAUUACACUGCUCACUUGAAUAUUCAGAUGACCACUUAGUAGCCUGUGACUAUGGCUGUAGUAGCCUGCCAUAAUCACAUCUGCCAUAAUCACAUCUGCACAUAAUCACAUCUGCACAAAUUUACAAGGAACUGUGGUGCAGAUUGUGCUUCACCACAUGAUCCGUUGCUGUUUCACACUGCACUUUCAGUGGGGAUUUGGACAAAAGGUCUCUACUUCACACAGCAGGUUGACAUUCCUUUUUCCAGGUCUAUUAUUCCAUCAACAUACAUAGCAUUGUACAGAAUAACAUGACCAAAAAUAUAUAUCACUUUCCUGAAGAGCUUGAAAGGAACAUCAGAAAUGCAUGUUGUGCUCCUGUGCCUACUUUUUAAUAGGUGCUGCAUCUCAAGCAAAAAUUCAGCAGGUGGAGCUCUGUCUAUUCCAGCAUUUGUUGUGAGAAACUUGAUCUUAGCCAUAAAGCUGAGAAUUCCUCCUUUUAACACAGCUCCCUGGUGUAUCACACAAACUUAUACAUUUGUUAGUGUUUUCAUUCUUGUUACAACAGAUUCACAUGGCUACUUUUCUGCACCAAGCAUUAAAGGCAAGAGCCCUGGCAGGAGAAAAUAUAAUGAAAAUGAUGGAAUUAUUGUUGGCCAAGUAGUAGGUGAGGCCCGUCAUUGACAGCAAAGUCAUUUUUUAUUGCUUACAGUAUAGGAGAGUUCAAGAAAUUAGAUAUAGAUCUAUAUUAAUGUGCUUGCAAAAAGGAAGUAAAAGUUUGAAAUCUGUAGGAUUUCAAACAUGCAUUUUAUUGAAUGCGCCAUGUAUGGUAAAUUUAAAUCAUAGUGAAUUUUAAUCUGAGAAAGAUCUGCUUUUCUUGGGCAUGAUGUCAUUUUGGAAUUAUUGAUCUGAUUGAGUGUUAAAAAGCUGUUGAGAACAAGAUAUAAUUAUAUUCAGAAUUUAUUCUUAAAAAUUUUAAAAAUUAAAUCUUUACCCAAGCAUA